AUAGUUGCAAGAUGAUAGAAUGAUAGAAUGUUUACAAAGUGGAACACAGGCUUAUAAAUAUAUCUCCCUGCUUCACGGAAGUACCAGUAUGGAAUUGGACAGAAUGGAUUUUCCUCUAUUUGCCCUGCUACCAUGAGCCAAGGCCCCGCCGGCCCGCUCCCUACAACACGGGCCUUUCUCUCAGAAAUCCCCAGCCUGCCGCCUGGAGCAAAGAUACGCUUUCUCGGAUGCGUCUCCUCCUACAACCCCUCAACCGGCCAUCUCACCCUAGAACAUAACUACCCUCUCACAUCCGGGCCGACCCCCGCCCCCUCCUCCAUCGCAGUAGACGUAACUCUCCUCCUAGAAUCUCUCACAGCAACCGAUCUACAAGUCGGCGCCUGGCUGAAUGUGCUAGGCUACAUACGAGAGCGCCACCGGCCCUCACCUACCACCACCACCACCACCACCACUACUACUACUACUACUACUACUACUAAUAAUAAUAAUAAUAAUAAUAAUAAUAAUAAUAAGGUGCUUCCGUCCGCCGCGGACCGCAAAUGGUCGACAGCGGUAGCAGCUAGAUCAAUUUACGUGGAAGCCGUGAUGAUCUUUUCGGCCGACGCUGUGCAGCUCGGCGAGUACGAGCGCGUGCUGCAGGAGUGGGAGGAGGCGGAUAGGAGGGUGGAGCGGCCUGGGUUAAACUGGCGGAAAGCGACGGGGACGGGACGGGAUGGGGAGGGUGCGAGGAGGGUUUUCUUAUAGUAUUUUGCGUCGGGUGUUUUUUUCUUUAUGGGAAUGUAUUUUCUUUUCCCGGGGGGGAAGGGGGGCGGAGGGAAGACGUAUAUUCCCAUUUCCCCACCGCCUGACAACAAGAAACGAGCGAGCACUUUCCUUUUCUCCCUUCUCCCUUCUCCUUGAGGGGUCCGCUGCCCGGCCCUUAAUCCGAGCUGAAUUUUUCCCUCCUUCGCUCCUCUCAGAUUGACGACGACGAAACGGUGCAUGAAGAUAUGAAGAUGCGUCUUCAUCGAUCCCGAUCUCCUAUCGCAAAACACACGCUGGCACGCAUCCCCGCUACAAUCUUGCUCCAGGAAGAUAGAAAAGGGAAUAUUAAUAAUAAAAUUAUAAAAUCUAUGUUGUAUUUAGUGAUAUUCCUUUCUCUCUCCUCCCUCCAACCCCCCCUAUAUACUCCUAAACUAAUUUGUCCAGAAGAUUUGAAAUCCAAAACGCGCAUCGAUGCAAUAUGUAUAUAUGCAAAUAGAGUAUAGCCAGAAAAUAUACCCAAAAAUGAGAAAGAACGCCAUGUCUGAUGCAAAAACUAAAAGAAAAGGAUAAGAUGGGGUUCCACUUUCAAACCACUUCCUUCUCCACCACCCCGCCACCUUCUUCCUUACCGUCCUUCUCUUUACUCCCACCGUUCACAAUCCUCUUCCGCCUCUUCCCAUCCAAUUUCGCCUUAUCCGCCUGCAUAGUCUUAAUAAGCACGCUCUUCAUCCGAAUCCUGUGUCCGUACUUAUAAAACACAAACGGAAUCGGAAUAAUCAUAAUUUCCAACAGGCCCAGGAGUGUGCUCGCCCAAUUGGGACCUAGCUUCGCAUACAUCGCCGGCCCAGCAAGCGGAAGUACACCGCCAAGCACACUUCUCAUCACCGAAUUCCCAGCCAUCGCUGACGCGGCGUACACCCCGUAGCUGUGCGUUAGGUAGUUGGAUGCGUAGAUGAACACGGCAGUGUUGCCCGCGCCGAACGGGAUGCCAGCGAGGAUUGGUGCGAUCCAGUGAAUUGUUGCGGGUGCGCAGGUCCAUGCGAACCAGAGCUCGCCGGCGGGGAUUAGGAUUGCGGCAAUGCAAACGACGGAGACCAUGGAUUCUGGAGGCACUUUGCCCGUCUCUGGGUCGAGUUUGUGGCUGUUUAUCAUGCGGCGGAGGAGUGGCUCGACAGCCACGGUUGUAAGGGAACCCACGCCGAUGCCGAGGAAGGCGAGGCCCGAUUCGCCGACGGACCAUCCGCGGAUUUGACGAAAGACGAUUGGGUACGCGACGAAGCAGAGGUAGAGGAUUGCAUAAACGACGGCGAUGUAGAAAUUCCAGAAUAUGCUAUGGGGGGGGUGGCUUGUUAGUGAUGGGGCCCGGUUCCCAUGGUGUUUGGGGGUUUAUAGAAGGGGAGUAUCAUACCAGAUAGGCUCAAGGACGGCCAUGACGAAUGGUCUGCUGAGGUUGACUUUAAGAACGGCGGUUAUGGACGCUUUUUGAUCGUAUCGGCUCCACCAGCGGGGAUCAUCAUCCUCCUUUCGAAGGCGGGCGGCCUUCCUUUGGAGAAGCACUGGAGUGUAUGUUUCCUUCAUGAUGCACAUGAAAAUCAAUGCUACCCCGGCAAAAAUCAUCGUCAGCCAAUUCGUCCAUCUCCAGCCUAGGUAUUGCGUUACGUAUCCGCCAAUGAUGGGACCAAACACUGCAUUUCUCUAUGUUAGCAGGAAUAAUGUUUUGAAAAAUGAAUCUCAGGAUAGAUAUUAACUCGAGUUAAAACUUACCAGGUCCAUUCAGGGGCCCAAUACUCCAAAUGGAGAACGCCAACGCGCGGUGUUCAUCAUCCACCAUAUCAGCUAUUGAACCGGGGGCACUGGAAACCAUAGCACUUCCGGCCACAGCCCCAAGGAACCUCAGAACAAUCAGUUGAACAACAGAGGUGCAAAGUCCGCAUGGUAUGAUCAGCACGGUGAACAGAAACAUGCUCCCGACCGAAACAGGCUUUCUGCCGUACAUCUCACUCAGCGGGGCGAGGAUAACGGAUCCAAUGGCGAGCCCAAUGAGGUAGAAAGUCAGGCCAAGCGUCACUAUGGUCUCUGAGACAUCGAAUUCCCUGGCUAUGUCUGCCAGCCCUGCAGUGUAUCCGGUCGAAUAUAGGACUCUAUAUCAAUUGCAACAAAUAAUUAGAUAUGGGAGCUCUAAACCUAGCAAAAAUAGAGAGGGGGGGGGGCGUGGGGGGAGGGACAAAAGAAUAGGAAAACCCUCGACAUCCACCACUUACACCGUGAAUGUACUCCACGAAAGGAACGCCGUUGACAUUCCUUUAACCCUCAAGGGCCAAUUUCUGGGAUUUGUAGGGUCAUUCUCUUCCAUGUCGACUUCAAAAUUGGGAUCUGUGGUACCAGUCGUGCCGACUGAGGUGAUCUUUCUCGACAGCGGCGGCAUCGAAUGCCUUGUAAUCUGAGGAGUGAUAAUAUCAUCGUGAUCCUCCGCUAUAAUCUCUAUGCUUUUAUCCGAAGCCGAUUCGGCACUAGAAGCGGCCGAGUCAAUGCCAUCGUGCUGCUGAGAUUCUCCAACAAAGCUUUCUGCAGGGGUCGAGCUCGACUUCUCGGAGUCGGACAUGGGUUAGAUAUAUAAUAAUGAAGCUGGCAGCGGAGGGGUUUUCCUGUAGAGGAGAAACUGAGAGCGAGCAGGCGUUUAUAUCGCAAUGGGUCUAGGGUAGUGUAGUAUGGUCCCAACGACGGAAGCGGCGAGCGGAACAGGUCACUGAUCAAGCAGGAAAGCUCCGAAUGGGAUUGCGCUCAACCGAUGCAUCAGUCGGGGGGAUAUUGUAAUAAAUUAUAAUCGCUAUGUAGUAUAGCUAGUAAUAAAAUGGGGGGCGGAAAGGAUGAGCAGCUCAGAUUGGUGGAGUAUACGUAGUAUAUCAACAUAUAAAAAAUAACGUUCAGCAGCUUAUCCCAACCACAAGAAAUGAAAACAAAAUAGGUAAAAUAAAGAGUAA